AUGAAGUUCAACACUGCCAAGUGCAAGGUCCUGCACCCAGGUCAGGCCAACAUUGAUACACACUGGGUGGUGCAUGGGUUGAGAGGAGCCCUGCAGAGAAGGACGCAGAGGAUACUGGUGGCUAAAGAACUGGAUAUGAGGCACCAAUGUGCGCAGAAGGCCAACCGUAUCCUGGCCUGCAGAAGAAUUGUGGCCAGCAGCACCGCUGAAGCAGGACAAGCCCGCAAAAAUACCGAGAGCGGUGCUGGAAGCAGCGAGCAUCCGCGCUGGGAUGCCCCGGGUGGAACGUGCUUCUCGGAUGCUCGCUGCUUCCAGCACCGCUCUCGGUAUUUUUGCGGGCUUGUCCUGCUUCAGCGGUGCUGUAGCCGCCAGAGGCGGAUUAAACUACCCAUGAGCUCUUCGUCCUUCAGGGAACAACCCAUCUUCAGCACCCGAGCUCACGUCUUCCAGAUUGACCCAAACACUAAGAAGAACUGGGUUCCCACCAGCAAGCAUGCUGUUACUGUGUCCUAUUUCUAUGACAGCACAAGAAAUGUCUACAGGAUAAUCAGUCUGGAUGGCUCAAAGGCAAUAAUAAAUAGCACUAUCACCCCCAACAUGACAUUUACUAAAACAUCCCAGAAGUUUGGCCAGUGGGCAGACAGCAGGGCAAACACAGUCUAUGGCUUGGGAUUUUCAUCUGAACAUCACCUUUCAAAAUUCGCUGAAAAAUUUCAGGAAUUCAAAGAAGCUGCACGACUAGCAAAGGAAAAAUCCCAAGAAAAGAUGGAGCUAACAAGUACACCCUCUCAAGAAUCAGCUGGAGGGGAUAUUCAGUCUCCUUUAACGCCGGAAAGUAUUAACGGGACAGAUGACGAGAGAGCAACGCCAGAAGUGACGCAGAACUCAGAAUCAAGGGCUGAACCAACCCAGAACGCAUUGCCAUUUACCCAUAGUUCGACAAUCAGCAAGCAUUGGGAGGCAGAACUGGCCACGCUCAAGGGUAAUAAUGCUAAGCUCACAGCAGCACUGCUGGAGUCCACUGCCAACGUAAAACAAUGGAAACAACAACUUGCUGCGUAUCAGGAGGAAGCAGAACGUCUUCAUAAGCGGGUGACUGAGCUAGAGUGUGUGAGCAGUCAAGCCAAUGCAGUCCACACACAUAAAACAGAAUUAAACCAGACAAUACAGGAGUUAGAGUCUACGCUGAAGAAAAAAGAAGAGGAAAUAGAAGGACUGAAACAAGAAAUCGACAAUGCUAGAGAGCUCCAGGCACAGAGGGAUUCUCUGACCCAGAAGUUACAGGAAGUAGAAAUUCGAAACAAAGACCUGGAAGGCCAGCUGUCUGAUCUAGAGCAACGUCUGGAGAAAAGUCAGAAUGAGCAAGAAGCCUUUCGCAAUAACUUGAAGACACUUUUAGAAAUUCUUGAUGGAAAAAUAUUUGAACUAACAGAGUUACGAGAUAACUUGGCCAAGCUAAUAGAAUGCAGCUAAAAAAAUGGGAUUUCAGUGCCAAUCAGCUUAAAGAUGCACUGUCUCUCUUCAUAGGACUGUGUUGGGCUCUGCAUCAAAGUUGCACAAAAUUAGAAAAUGCUCCUCUGAGAGGGCGUGUUUUAAAUUUGAGUCAUAUUGCAAUGUAAAAUUUAGAACUCAGCUUGUAGCUAUUUGAAGAAAAAAACAACAAUCAAAAAAACUUGAAUUACAAAUUACCUCCUUGUACAUUAUUGGCCAUAGAUAACUUGAAAGAUAUUAACAGUAAUUGAAUGCAAUCCUUUUCUAAUAAUCAGUGAUGGGAGAAUUUACAGCAGUGUCCCAGGUCAUAUCCCCCUUUUGCAAUAGACACAGUAUAGGUUAUCUGCUGUUUUAUUUAUUUAAGAUAUUUAAUUGCUAUAUUUUGUGCAAAAACUUAGUGAUGACAGCCCUGUAUUUUGUUGUUUUUAAUAAUUUCUCAGGAUACUUUGCACUGUGGAGAAGCAGUGCCAUUACCAAUUUAUUCUUUCCAGGAGUGAGAGAGAGUUGCAUCUUUAAUUGAAACAAAGUUACUAUAACUGCUUGUAUAAAGUUCUUCCUUUUGGGGAUUUUUUGGUUGGUUGUUUGGUUGGUUUUUUGUUUUUUAUAUAUAUAUAUAUAUAUAUACUGGAAGAUACCGUAUUUCUUCAUGGAGCUUACUCUGGUGUUCUACAAUAUUGUCCAAUGUAAGGUUUACUUUUUCAUAUGGAUUCCAUGUAAUUACCAUGAGAUACUAUCUUCCACUUAACUGCAUUUUGAAGCCAACCA